GGCAGCGCAUACACUACAAUGGCUGCUGGAAAGAGGCGUAAGGAAACAAUUUCCAGGCCCGCCGCGUCCAGCCCGAAAUAUGAGAAAAAAAUUAUUAGAAAUUCCGCGGGCGGUGUAGAGGCGGCGGACGGGCCGGAGGGAGGAUGUUAAAGCCCCGCGGUUGCCUCUUGGUGCUGCCUUGGCCGUAUUUGCACCCAGAAUGCUUCAUUCUGUGACGGUCUAUUAAUAAGGUUGCCUUGCUAGAGUUUGGAGCAGGGCCUCAGAUUGGCCAAAAUGGGAAGGAUUGGAUUCCACUCUCUUCCACGAAGAGUCAAUGGGACUGGCUAAGAUCAAAGUCUGAGGCUUUUUCCAUCUGUAAUCAGUCCCUUUUUGCUUUCUUUUACGACCACAUGAAACUUGAGAAGCCACCUAAAGCUAUAUCAUUUAGUGGAGUUGGGCAGUUCCCAAGUGUCCAACAAGAAGGCCUGGUUUAGGCUGCGAUGGCCACUGUCAUUCCUGGUGAUUUGUCAGAAGUAAGAGAUACCCAGAAAGUCCCUUCAGGGAAACGUAAGCGUGGUGAAACCAAACCAAGAAAAAACUUUCCUUGCCAACUGUGUGACAAGGCCUUUAACAGUGUUGAGAAAUUAAAGGUUCACUCCUACUCUCACACAGGAGAGAGGCCCUACAAGUGCACACAACAAGACUGCACCAAGGCCUUUGUUUCUAAGUACAAAUUACAAAGGCACAUGGCUACUCACUCUCCUGAGAAAACCCACAAGUGUAAUUAUUGUGAGAAAAUGUUUCACCGGAAAGAUCAUCUGAAGAAUCACCUCCAUACACACGACCCUAACAAAGAGACGUUUAAGUGCGAAGAAUGUGGCAAGAACUACAAUACCAAGCUUGGGUUUAAACGUCACUUGGCCUUGCAUGCCGCCACGAGUGGUGACCUCACCUGCAAGGUAUGUUUGCAAACUUUUGAAAGCACGGGAGUGCUUCUGGAGCACCUUAAAUCCCAUGCAGGCAAGUCGUCUGGUGGGGUUAAAGAAAAAAAGCACCAGUGCGAGCAUUGUGAUCGCCGAUUCUACACCCGAAAGGAUGUGCGGAGACACAUGGUGGUGCACACUGGAAGAAAGGACUUCCUCUGUCAGUAUUGUGCACAGAGAUUUGGACGCAAGGAUCACCUGACUCGACAUAUGAAGAAGAGUCACAAUCAAGAGCUUCUGAAGGUCAAAACAGAACCAGUGGAUUUCCUUGACCCAUUUACCUGCAAUGUAUCUGUGCCUAUAAAAGACGAGCUCCUUCCGGUGAUGUCCUUACCUUCCAGUGAACUGUUAUCAAAGCCAUUCACAAACACUUUGCAGUUAAACCUCUACAACACUCCGUUUCAGUCCAUGCAGAGCUCGGGAUCUGCCCACCAAAUGAUCACAACUUUACCUUUGGGAAUGACAUGCCCGAUAGAUAUGGACACUGUUCAUCCCUCUCACCACCUUUCUUUCAAAUAUCCGUUCAGUUCUACCUCAUACGCAAUUUCUAUUCCUGAAAAAGAACAGCCAUUAAAGGGGGAAAUUGAGAGUUAUCUGAUGGAGUUACAAGGUGGCGUGCCCUCUUCAUCCCAAGAUUCUCAAGCAUCAUCAUCAUCUAAGCUAGGGUUGGAUCCUCAGGUUGGGUCCCUAGAUGAUGGUGCAGGGGACCUCUCCCUAUCCAAAAGCUCUAUCUCCAUCAGUGACCCCCUAAACACACCAGCAUUGGAUUUUUCUCAGUUGUUUAAUUUCAUACCUUUAAAUGGUCCUCCCUAUAAUCCUAUAUCAGUGGGGAGCCUUGGAAUGAGCUAUUCCCAGGAAGAAGCACAUGCUUCUGUUUCCCAGCUCCCCCCACAAACACAGGAUCUUCAGGAUCCUGCGAACACUAUAGGGCUUGGGUCUCUGCACUCACUGUCAGCAGCUUUCACCAGCAGUUUAAGCACAAGCACCACGCUCCCGCGUUUCCAUCAAGCUUUUCAGUAGGAUUCUGGGACGUGGAUUUAUUACAGAAAUAUAUGUAUAGCCGUGCCCUGGAUGACCAUUUUUAUUUUAGUGCCUACUUUAAAACAGUAUAAAAAUUUCUGCUUUUGUAUAAUACAAAUUUUCAUUAAGCCAGUAUAAUAGAAACUAGCAUUUAAAACGAGCUUUGGAACCAUUUGUGUCCAGUUAUGUUUACCUGGGUAUUUUGUCCUGAUUCACUGCCAAUUGUCAUAUUUUAAGAGGUUUUUUUUUUUUUUCACAUAGGAAAGCCAUUAUUAGUGGUAAACUUUUACAAAUACCAUUUUCAAAUCACUUUUAGAUCUUAUAAUUGUCAUUUUUGUCUAAUAACAACGGCUCCACCUUUUGACAUCUGGCUCAUUAAAAAAUUUAGCAAUAGAAUGUAAAUUGUAUAAAAUGCAUGUGAAUAACUCAAGGUUUAAAUUUUUUUACUAGCUUCUAAAUGGCAUUAAUAAUCAAGUGCUUCAAAUGAAUUAAGAGUCCAGUUUAGGGGAGAUAACAAAUGUUUCUUAGAUACACCAUAAUUUCAGAUCAGUAUAUUUUGAAGACUCACUAUUGUCUGGCUCAAAUAUUUGCCAUCUCUAUUAUGAGCCUUUAAGGAAAACAACCCCUAAAUACAAAGCACCAGUAUUUACAUCAAAAAGAGAUUCUUUAUAAGGUGACAUGGCAUUUCGUGUCCCUUAAGAGUUGGUCCUAAAUUAGUAUCCAGGAUAUUUUGCUGUGUUUCAUCCUUCUUCACAUGCCAUCUUUUCAUUUAAUAAUAGUAACCAUGUAUGGCAUUGGAGUCUUCAGAGUCCGUAUCUCUUUCGUCUUUUCCACCUUUCCCAGCCAAGUGGUGGGUCAAGUGCAGCCAGCAGUUUUUUGGAUUAUUGAUCCACCGUUAGUCCAUAAUCUAGGGCCAUUGUGGAACUGCAGCCAUGAGGUGUGUUCAUCCCAGGGUGGACUGACUCAGCCUCUGUGGGUGACAGACUCCUAAGCAGGAAGACAGACGGGAAGCACAUGGUUACAUCUGGGAACUAUCUAGGGAUCAUGGCCCCUGUAGCCAGGAUUAAAAACUGGACUUUUCAGAAGUAAAGUAAAAGCAUAUUGCUUGUAUCACUUCUUGCUAAAUUUGAUACAUUUUUCUUUCCCUUAAGAACCAAAAGCAGAAAACAGAAACAACGGUCCUACCGCCAACUUAUCUUUCUGAUUCAAUGUGAAUCCAUCAUCUUUCCUUGCAAUUUUUUUAGAUGGAGAAUUUGAAGUUAAAUGCAUUAGAAAACUACCUGAGGAACUACCACAAAGUUUUAAGUGACUAGAAAUACGUGCAGUUAAAUCCCACUUUCAUGCAUCUGUGGCAAUGGUAGGAGUGUUGCAAAUAAGUUGAAAUUUGUAGAGGGGAACAAAGUAAAGUAGAACAAGACUAUCUUGGUUAACAUAAUCGAGAACAUUAUCUUCACUGAAUAAUUAUUAUAGGCUUUCUUCACGUUAGACCACCAACAAAGUCUUCUUAAAGGUCUAAUUAUUGUAUUUUUCUAAGGGUCAGUUGGGACAUUAACCUAAGAAACAUAUCUAAUAAGCACUUGUUAACACCUUAUUUUGGGACCCUCUCCGUUGGGGGCAGGGCAAGGGGGGGAGGUUUAUAGAAGAGUAUAUAUCUCUUUAAAAAAACAAAAGAAAGAAAGAAAAAUAUUUCUGAGCACUCAUUAGCCCUAUAUGGAAGCUUCUUUCCUUUUUGUAGGGCCAGUUAUUACUGCAGAUUGCAAUGUUUACCAAGAAUUUUUAAAAAUGAGUGCAGAUUACUGAAUAUAAUACAUUAUUUAAAAUAUUGGGGAGUAGUAUAAUUUGUGGAGAAAUGUAAAUUGUAAUAAUGUAAAUGGGGGCUUCAAUAUAUAUAUAUAAUACACACACACACAUAUCGCACUUCAUAGAAUCAAAGUUGCUCUCUGAAGGAGCUUUGGCUCCUGAUAUUUUAUCAUGCUCCUAUAUUUUUUUAAUCCUAGGAGCAGUAGUUUUUAUACUUAUGUAUUUAAAUUUUAUUAUGAAAAAUUACAUUUAUUAAAAAAGUGUGUUCCAAAGGCAUUAAAAUUAUAUAUGUUAAUAAGGAAGUACAUUUUUAAAUUUUUCAAGUGGCUCCUAGCUUUUGGUUAGGAGAAUAUUUGCUCUGAAAGUAGGCCCUUCGCUCUGCUUCAUUACUGCUUCCUUUAGUUUCUAUGAAACAGAUUGCUUACCUAAAUCUUUAGUUGAAUGAUUAGUGUUCAAUAUUGCUUUAAUCACCAUAUGAAAGGAAAAAAAUUGGUGACAGAGCACAGAUAGAAAACCUAUUUUUAAUAGAAAUCACAAAUAGCAAGUGUGGAAGCACUACUUUUAUUCUGUUUAAAAUUUACUUAACAAGUCAUCCAAUUAGUGACCUGAGACAUUGGCCUUACUAGGCUGUAUUCACUGCUAACUUAAAAAAGGGAGUACCAGGAUUUAUUAAAUGAAGCAUUUUGGAAAUGGGGAAUAGCGCCAUAUAUGUAUGUGUAUAUAUACCUAAAUCUCGCCCUGCAUGGAAUUCAUAUACAUGGAGGCACAUCUUUCAGGGCACCAGUGUUAAAAUUGUGGAGUCUUAAUUUUCAAAUGUACACCUCUUUGCCUGUUGCCGCCCCCACAGACUUGAAAUAACACUUCAGAAUAAGAGGGAAUUCAGCAAAUUUGUUUUUUAAAUUGACUGUAGUGGUCACUAAACCCUUUUUGAGAGAAUUUCUAUUGAAGAUGAGGCAGACUUGCUUAUUUGAAUUGCACAAUGUUCUAAUAAGGCUGUAACACAGAAUUGGCUCUUUUUUUUCCUAGAAAAAGAUUGUUUAUUUCUAUGUCAACUAGAUAUGAUUAAAAAUAAGUAUUGCCAAUGCUUAUUCAUCCUCCAGCAGCCAGAAUCUUUAUCCUUGAAAUUUCUGGUAGUGCCUUAGCUUGGUUUAAAAAAAAAAAAAAAGGGAUUAACAUUAAAUAAAAGUAGCUUAGAAUUUGGACCUCAGACAAGAUAUUGAACCUCAUUCAGUUUCACUUCCACAUGUGUGUACAAAUUAGGUCACCAAACACGAAAGUGUGAGUGUGGAAGGAUCUUGGCACUGUAAGCAAUGCUAUCCAUUGAUGUAUACAAGUACUUUAUAGUAUACUGAUCACUGUUAAAACUUUCAUUUUAAAAUCAUUACAAGUUCAGUUUUUAAAAACUUCAGUUGUCCUGGCUGAUCAUGCAUCACUCUUCGUGCAACUUGCUAAUUUCAUUUAGUGUUCCUUUCAAGCUGUGUAUUUUGGCCUAUUUGUUGCUUGUGCUUUAUUUUUCUUAGGUAUUUGUGGAAUAUAGUGAUAUAUUGUGUUAAUUUGGACAGUAGCGGUUUUUAAAAACCAUAUACUGACUGAAACAUGAGCCAGAGCUGAUUGCUUUAUUAAGCUAAUAAUGAAUGUUAAAGAGUACAUAUUUUCAGGAUCGUUCAUCUAGUGAGCAAUACACAUAUUAUAGGCCAAUAUUUUUUUAAAAAAUAGAGCUUGGUCAACCUCUAUACUACACAUAUUACAAGAUAUAGCACUUUCAAAAUGAAUCUAAACCUUUACAGAAACUUUCUUAUAGGUUAUGCCUUUUAUUUUAAGACUUAUUAUAAUUUGUUUCAAGUGCCAUUAGAUGAUAUAUAUCUUAGGCCUUUGAUAUAUAAUGCUUUGUGUACAAAAAUGGUAGAUGGUAUUUUAAACAGGUACAUUUUUACAGUGUUUUCUUAUCAAUUUGCUAUAUUGCACAGAAUCAGUGUGUGUCUUUUCAUAAGGUUUUACAAUGGUUUAUUUUUUUACAAGGUUUACGUGUCUCAAAGCACACUGUCUUCCCAGUACGUAAGUUAAAAAAUACCAGUUCACCCAAGUUGCUUCUAGCCUACUGAGAUCCAUGUGACAUUGGAGGAGAUCUUUUAAAUGUCAAGUAUUCGUCAUUAGCAAUGGCUGACUGUUAGUUCUGGUAAACGUGUGCCUAAGUUGAAUUUGUCUUGUUUUUUCACACUGUCAGCGGCCACGUCGACAACACAGAUGAUCUGUUGUGAUCACACAGAUCUACAUACGCUGUAUAGUUUUGGGCUAAAAACCCAUAGAGGGUUCCUUCAGGAUCAUGGAAGAGAAGAUUAUGCGACGAGCAUUGGUGAAGGCACACCCAGAUCACACUUAGGGCCUCUCUAUGAUGUCGUCAACCCUCUGAGGAUGGCAGGCAGUGUCUUUUUGAUGUUAUCUAGACUAGAAAUGACACAGAACUAUUGCUAAUGUAUAAAACACUUCAUUGUAUAAGCUUCAGUGGUACAGAUGAACCAGAAUGAAUGUUUUAUCUUCUCAGAAACACUCCUUCAAUAUUAUGUUGGAUCAUGCUGCUAAUGUAACUUGGGCUACAACUCUUCAUGGUGCUACAAACUUCUCUGUCUCGUUCAGUCAUAUUUUUUUAUCCAUAGAAAAAGGACUACAUUCGGUGUAAAAGUGUACAAUAUAUUUUUAUACUGUGACUUAAUUUGUCAUUAACAAACUUUUACACCACCACAAUUAUUCACGUGCACUUGCAAAAGGAGAUCUUGGACACGCAGAUGUUACCAGAACAAACCCAGCUUUUGUCCACAAGAUGACUGUCACUCAGAAUGGAAAGUGGGCUUUAUAAUAGAGUGUGGAGUGAAGAACAUGCUGUAUGUUACUAACAGCCCUUUGAAUUUAACAAAAACUGGGAAUCCAUUAGGAACCGGAUUGCAUCAUACCUGAACAUAAGCUGGACUGCUGAAAUUGUAUUUUUAGCUAAUGAAAAAGUGUUUGGACUAGUACUCUAAAAAUGUUCUAAUGAUAAAGUUUUGAGUCAAAAUAGAAAAGAAAAGUAUCUGCAUUCCAGGCUGAAUUUUGUAUAUUUUUAUUGCAUUUGAAAUUGCUAUUCUGUGAUAUUGGGAAAUCAAGUGGCUUAUCAUGUAUAUCAUGUACUUAAAAUGUAUUCACAAACUACUGUUGUAUUUGUAUAAAAUAUAGACAAAGAUCAUAUUUUUUUGUGUGUGUAUAAGCUCUGUAAAAUAACAAUCACAUUAUGAAGCUGCAGUGAUACUACAUUUUAAACAUUCACAUCCAAAGAAGCAGGCUAUUUAUUGUCCAUAUACCCAGAUAUAAAAUAUUAAUUUGCUGCUAAUUAAACAAUAGUACUGCA